ACACCCGCCCUCAAGAGCCACGCCCUUGCCACUGGUAUUCCGGUGAGCUGUAAUCCUGAGGGUCAGGAUGAGCCUUGGAUAUAUAAGAAGUGGCCGGCUGCUUCUUUGCCAGACAGCUCCUCAUCGGUGGGUCGACAUGAACGCUCUGGUUUUCUUCUGUUUGGCGGCAGCGGCCGUGUCCUGCAAUGGAGCCCAGUAUCUGGGCUACCCUGGGGUUUACGGCUUCCUCCCCAACAACUAUCUCGGCGCCGCCCCUGUGGCCUAUAACCCAGUACCCUACAGUUUGGCUCCUGUAACAUACAAUGUAGCCCCCGUGGCCUCUGUGGCCCCUGUGACUCCCAUCCAAUCCCAGUACCACGCCCAGGACGAACUUGGACAGUACUCCUUCGGCUACGCCGGCGGCCCCUCCUCCCGCGCCGAGACCCGCGACGCCUAUGGAGUAGUGCGCGGCUCCUACAACUACGUGGACUCUGAGGGCAAGCUGCAGACCCAGCACUACGUGGCCGACGCCCUGGGCUUCCGCGUGGCCGGCACCAACCUGCCGGUGGCCCCUGCAGCUCCCGAGGCACCCGCCCAUGUCGGACCCGAGCCCGUCCAGGACACCGCUGAGGUCGUAGCCGCCAAGGCUGCCUUCAGGAAGGCUUAUGAUGAGGCCGCCGCCUCCGCCGAAGCUGCCCCGGACACCCGCAAGAAGCGAUCAGUCGUGACCCCUGCCGACACAUUCCCCUACGUCUCUCCUCUCAGCUUCUCGUACGCCUUCUCUUCUCCCCUGGCCUACUCCCACCCCUUCGCCUACUCCCACCCUUUCGCCUUCUCCCACCCCUUCCCUGCUGCCACCGCCUACACGAAUAUCCCCGCUGCCGCCACCUACUCAGCCGCUGCCCCCGCCGCUGUGAGAGACGCUACCCUGCUGCGGGUGGUGCACAACCCCGGCCACGCUGUCUCCUACAGAGUGGAUUGAGCAUGGUAUGGAGGCUUUUCCUUGGUCUUCGUCAACAUGACCCAUGGCACCGUAGAGCACCGCAACGAGGGCUUCGAAGUGUAGGUCAAGGAGCUGCCGCACGACUUGCACCUCGCCUCGGUCGGUGUUGACGGCCGCCACGUCUCACCAGGAGUUGUUCUUGAUCGACUUAACAAAAUUUCUCAGAGGACAUACUACUUGUUCGGCCACCUUUUCCUUUCCUUCACGUGUGCCUCAGCGACCUCUAUCUGCCAUGCUCCAUGUAUAAAUUCAUGCCUCUGUAAAAUACAUUCUUAUUCCUUUAACAA